GUGCUUUCUUUCUUCCUCCACCACCAUGCUACGACACUCUGUGCUUGCACUAUCAUGCCUCCUUACGCUUGUUAGCGCCGCUUCGUUGCAACUCCCCUUCAAGUUGGAUAGACCUGUACAUACCACUGAUAGCUGGAGAUGGGAGGAUUGUGGAAACCCAGAGACUGACGUUAUCAAAAUCAAUGAUAUUCAGGUCACUCCAGACCCUCCUCAGCCCGGGAAAGAGCUCUCUGUUACUGUUAAUGGUCUUGCCAGACAAACCAUCACAGACGGAGCAUAUGCCGAUGUCGUUGUUAAACUCGGUCUAAUCAAGUUGCUCUCGAAACGGUUUGAUCUCUGUACAGAGGCACGCAAUGCCAAUGCGUCCAUUCAAUGUCCCAUUAAAGAUGGUGAACAUCAAGUAACCCACGUUGUCGAACUCCCUAAAGAGAUUCCACGAGCUAAAUUCAAAGUGCAUGUUGACGGAUUCACCAAUGAUGAUGAUGAUAUGUUCUGUGUCGAUCUUUUAGUCGACUUCAUGAAGAUUCCCCACCUUUGGUGACUGGAAAAAUCUUCCCCGUACUGUAUCUACUGUCUGGUGUCGGUGUCUUGACCGUGGCUACCUUUUACCCCAAGCUAGAUUACCUCCCGUGAUCAGGUAGAGGACAAUUGACCGUCAAUAUAUUUACUUUUUCAGGAAGACAAUGAAACAGAUUUUCCGUAACACCCCUA